UUUACGAUGUCCUCCUCCCCCACACUGAGCAUGAACACAACAGGCAGCACAUAUUAUUUGCAUUGGCUCCAUGGUGAUGUUCUCUGUGUACACACACACACACACACACACACACACACACACACACACACACACACUUAACUUCAUGCUGUCAAACAGGUGAUGUGGGAAGUUCAUUCUCAUACCAUUUCUGAUAAAAUCACAGUAAACAUAGAAACGAAAGAGAAUGCGAUGUGACAUACAGCUGAUCAUAUCACACAGAGCUGUAUGUGGGUGUAUAUGACAUGAAUGUGCUUAGAUAAGGUGUGACACAGAGCCCUGCAGGUGAGGAGGACACAGCACCGAGCCGACGCCAUCUGCUAAUACACAGAGGACAAAACUCCCGGAGAGGAAGAUGAACUGGGGUUUUUUGGAGAACAUCCUCAGUGGGGUAAACAGGUACUCCACUGUGAUUGGACGGAUCUGGCUCUCUGUGGUCUUUCUCUUCAGGAUCUUGGUGUAUGUGGCGGCGGCCGAGCAGGCACGUCUCUGGGCCCUGCAACUCAUCAUGGUGUCCACCCCAUCCCUGCUGGUGGCCCUGCAUGUGGCCUACAGGGAGCACCGGGAGGCCAAACACAGGAAAAAACUGUACAAGGACAAAGGGAGCAUUGAUGGAGGUCUCUUCUGCACCUACGUUGUCAGCCUGGUCUGUAAAACAGCCUUCGAGGUGGGCUCCCUGCUCACUUUCUAUUUCCUGUACAACGGCUUUGAGAUGCCCAUGCUGCUCCGCUGCCGCCAGGAUCCCUGUCCCAACACGGUGGACUGUUACAUCGCCAAAGCCACGGAGAAGAAGAUCUUCCUGUACAUCAUGGGCUGCACCUCCAUUCUGUGCAUCACUCUGAAUUUUGUGGAGCUCAUGUACAUCGUGUGGAAGCAGCUGUGGAAAUGUUUUGUCAGACACUACGCCCCCGUGGAAGAGCAGGCCUUCAGCCGGCCAUCUGUUUCCAUUGUCAACAAGUUUGCCUCCUCUGAGCCGACAGUGCACACAGACAGCAACACACAACCUGUGUCAACUGAGAACCAGCUCGUCCAGUAGAGGACUGGGACUGACUCACAGCUCAUGUUGCCUGCUCAGAGUGAAACCACAGCGAAACUGUGGCUCACCUGAUAAACAAACACAGACAGCGUUUACUGAUUUUUAAAAAAAAAAUUUAAAGAAAAAUUUAAUUAAGAAAAGCUACGACAAGCUGCCUUUUCAGGUACAAGUGUGAGGAGACUAAUUACAGAUACUAGUGAAUAAUUAAAUAUAAUAACACAUUGUAUAAGUCCGGAUAUCUGCAAUUAAAGAUUUUGUUUAACUGGAAGCAUGAGUUCUUCUUUACACUAUAAUAGGAUUAGAGUUAUAAUGGUCAAAUUUGGUUCAUUUGGCAUUCAGACAAUUUUACACAUGAAGACAGUCCUUAUAUUAUUUAGCAUGAGAAAACAUUUGUUUUAUGUGGCUCUGGAGAACAUUAAUCAAGUCUGAGAUAAUAACCUGAUGACCUGGUCACAUCCACAUCAUCAGAGUUCAUCUCUCAUUGGGCUUGGAGAUCACAGAUUGUUCUGCAUGGAGGUAGGGAGGGUCUAAAGAUGCUGUCAAGUUCAUUCUUGAUUUUUUAAACAUCAACAAUUCUUUUAAAAAGGACAUAAACACAUGUUUUGCUGACACAACACUUGUUUUAAAGAAAGUGCAUGUCAAGACGUCUUCAUGGCAGACAUUUUGCCUUGUAAAAGGAAAAAGGAAAAGAUGAUGGUUCCAUCAGGCGUCCCAGUAAGUCAACAUGUAACCUGUUUAAUGACGUUAAUGACUUCUUUGUUCCAGCAGAUUUAUUUCAACUGUCUUCUAACAGUUGUGUUGGAUUGGCAUUUCUUCAUGUAAUGUUCUGAAAAUGUCAUUUAAUAUUGAACACUAGAGUCAGAACUAUAUUGGACACCAAAUGUAAUAGGGACAUGCUUGGACGUCUAUUUUUAUGCACACAAUGCUGUUUAGUUCUUAGAUAUAUUAGUUAACCUUGUUUUGUUUAACUAAACAAACUGCAGACAUCGAUUAUA